UACUCUGUGCUUAGUAUGUUUCCAGAAAAUGGUAGGAUAGUGUGUCGAGGUCUGACACGUAUUUAGCUAAAAAUCGUAAAUACUCUUCGCAAAGUUCACUAUGUUGUUAUUUUAAUUGAGCGUUACAAGUAAAUAAUUACUUAAUUAUUCCAAAAUGGAGUUUCGAGAAACUUUACUGGCUGCUCAACGAAAUCAACAACAAAAGUCAUCUGCUGAAAGUAUGUAUUACAAAGCCCGGUUUGAUCCUCCAAAGAAGGAAUUGAAACCACGAGAUCGAUUGUCAGCCAAUAUUCAAAAGUUUUUGGCGAAAAAGGAAGAAGAAGAAAGACAGAAAAAAAUAGAUGCACAAAAGAAAAGAGAUGAGCUACUUGCAAUGCGAGACCCAAAGGCAUUAAGAAAGAUUCAAAAGACCCUUAAAGUGAUUAAGUCUGCUAAUAAAUCAGUAUUAGCAGACGCAAUUGACACAGAACAUACCGCUGUGACUAGGGAAGGUCCUGACCAACCAGACCAGGAUGACUAUGGUUAUGAAUCACAAGAAGCUGCUGCCCUUUAUGAGAAAAUGAUGCAAAAAUAUAGUAAAGUGCCAGACAAGCCAAAAUUUGCACCAGGUACCAAUAAUGUGAGUAAAGAUUUAAAUGGUACAAGAGAAAGAGUUAAACAUGCACUGCAACAUGAAGAGGAGCCAGUUCCUCAUAAAAGAAGACGUCGGACUGAUAAUGAUGAUGGAGAUUUAAGUCCCCCUCAAAAGUAUGAACCUGAAAAGAAAAAAGAUGAAAAGCCUGAGAAACCAAAAAUCAGAAAGCCAGCACCACCACCUUUAGAUUUUAAUCAAUUGUUGAAACUGGCUGAACAAAAAAAGAGUGUUCCCAUUGAAGUGGCCACAAAGAAACUUGUCACAGAGCCGGAACCCGAUAGACUCAUGACGAAGAAACAAAAACGGGAAUACGAAGAGGAAAUGGCGCGUCGUCAAAGGAGACAGGAACGUAUCGAUGCUGAAAAGGCCGGUGGUCGCAAAGCUCCUAAAGAGGAAAGAACCGUUGAAAAAACCAAAAGAACAGAACCUUCAACUUUCGGACGCAUUCCAAAACUAAGUGACAAAAAUUCCAAUCCGAAAAAUGAUGUACCAACUAAAACGUACGAAAGAGAAAAAGACGGCGAACGCGAAAAACAUGACGUGUUACAGAGGGAAAGAGAAAAAUUGAGAUUACAAAAGGAAAAAUUAGAACGGGAAGAGAAGAGGUUAAGAGAUAAGGAAAGGGAAAUAUUGAAAGCUGAAAAAGAAAGAAACGAACGUGAAAUAAAACUUAACAGAGAUAGAUUAGAUAAAAUUAAAACUAAAUUAGAGAAUAGACCAUCUGAUAAAUACAAAUCAGAUAAAAAUGUAGAUAGAGCUAAAAUUGGUUCAAGGGAACAAGAAAUUAAUAAAAGUAUAGACUUGAAGAGCCAAAACACAUACAGGAUAGAUAAAAACUCGAAUGAAAAAGAAAUAAAGAAAACAGGUUCGUCUCAAAAAUCAAACGAUCAAAAGUAUAUGAAUGGACACAGUUCACAAGGGAAGCCCGUGCCAAAACUAAAUAAGGAACAAAGCAUAAAUAGAAAUGAUACUAGGGAUAGAAUUGGUUUAGCGAAACAGAAAAUUAGUGAAAGUUCUCCUAAGUUAAACGGCCACGCCAGGUCCGAGAAACGACCGGAAGUCAGUAAAGGUCAACCUCAAAAACGACCUGAUGAAAAGCGGCCACCUAACUCAAAAUUACCAGGACCGAGCAAACCUGCAAUGUCGAAUAGUUUUGAUUUUGAUAAGCAUGUGAAUUCACUAGGCAAAAAUGGCACAAAACAAUUCCCGCCCAGCAAUGUCAGGAGGAAACCACAUCCUGAUGAUAGAAAAAAACCUAAACGUCGCAUGCUCGAUUCUGACUCGGAAUAUGAUUCGGAGAUGGAUGACUUCAUCGACGACGGCGACGAGAACAUGGACUACUCGAAGCACAUUAAGGAAAUAUUUGGCUACGAUAAGUCAAAAUACCGGCACAUAGACGACGAAGACGAUCCCAUGAUGGAAUCGAGCUUCGCCAGACAACAGCGCGAAGAAUAUAUUAGCAAGAAAAUAGGUAUAAUGGAGGAUCUAGAAGAUAUGAGAAUGGAAGCGAUGGAGAAAAGCAAAAAGAAGAAAUCAAGACGACUAAGUGACGAUUGAAGAAACGGCUCAGACAACGGACGGAGGCAAUUUUGAUUCUUAAAUUAUAUCUGUGGUUUGGAAAUGAAAUUUGAUGAUUUAUUUAUCGUUUAAAUGUGUACUGGGUUAAGAAUAAAACAAAUCUGGUUAAAAAUUAUAAACGAUCCUUGUCAUCAACCUUGUUUUUAAGAUAAAGAAAUAAUCAAGAUAAUAUAUAACUUUGUAUUUCUUAUAAAUUUCUAUUUAAUAAAGAUUAAAUUGAUA